CUUUACAAUAUAUUCGUUCACUGGAUUUAAAUCAAAAACUUUAAAUAUCAGGUUCGGAUGCUGACAGGAUUCAAGCAGACUGCCAUCUGAGGAAUAAAAUACCACGGCAGGAUUAGUGAGUGAACCCACGCAGCCUGAUUACAAAUUACACACACAACUUGUCUCAUAUUAACCAGUGGAUAAGGGAUGCUGGCACAUCACUACUACCAUUCUCUGUCCAGAUCAAUGGAGACGGCCUGGGAACUGAGGAGAGGCCAUGGAAUACCAGCUUGGUGACAGUUGCGGAGAAUGACUCAACAGGACUGGACACAAGUCUAAAUGUUCAACAAUUAAUGCUACUACGUCUCUGUUGUGUCGAAGACUUGAUACAUUGUGAUACUUGUUAAAACCACACACACUGCUGGCUGCGUCAAUACUGCAUAGUGAUACACAGUAGCCUGGUGUCACAGUAGCACACAGUAGCAGAGCAGACAGCAAUUCUCUUUGAAUGGAGUAGCAUGGGUUAAAUAAUGGAGGGUUACGAGAAAAUGUUUGGUGUUUUCGUGUGUGUGGUGAUCGCGGUGCUGGUACCUUGUGUUAACCUUAUGCACAUACGUUGCACCGAAGUGUAUGACAUUCAGGAUGGCUACUAUUCAGCCAAUUGUAGUGGUCGUGCACUACAACACAUACCCUUUGAUCUCCAUCAUAACAUUAAAGUAUUAGAUCUUCAGAAUAAUGAACUCAUUGAACUAGUAUCAAAUUCAUUUGCAAAGUAUGACAGUCUUACGGAGCUCUAUUUACAAAAUAACUCUAUAAGGGUCAUUAAAAAAAAUGCUUUUUCACUUCUUGGACAGUUACAGAUCCUGGAUUUGUCCAGCAAUCAACUUACUACUGUUCCCACGGCUUCCUUCGAUGGAUUGCCUUCUCUGAGGAAACUCAGCCUCCGAGGCAAUCGGAUUAACAGGAUUCAACCUGAGGCUUUCUCACCUCUUGUUAACCUUAGGAAUUUGUUACUGGAUGGAAAUUAUUUGCAAACGAUCGCUGACAAUGCGUUCAAAAAUAUGGAUUAUCUCGAAAAUUUGGAAUUACAACAUAACAACUUGGAGUUUAUAAACGAAAAUGUUGUGCAAUAUUUCACUCAUAGGUUUACAUCUUUUAAGCUUUAUAAUAACCCAUGGGUGUGUGAUUGUAAGAUUCGCUGGCUUGAGGAUUACUUGCUCCAUCAAUCGACCAAUCAGAGUGAAGAUAACAUCCUCCAGUGGAUAUUUCCAGAGGGUCAGCCUGUUUGUCAAGGCCCUGCGGAACUCCAGGCUCGUGACUUCUCAUCGUUGACUGAGAGAGAUUUCGUGUGUCAGAUAAGUAUGUACACAAGUGGACAGGAUGUAAUUUCGGAGGUCGGAGGUCAAACAAAAAUGUAUUGUAAGUACAUGGCAAAUCCACAUGUUGAUCCAGUGUGGACACUUAAUGGGGAUGUCCUUAACCCGGCAGAGACAGAAAAAUAUGUCAUCGUAACAGAAGGGUCAACCAUUGUGACUAGUAUUCUCACGAUCAAUGAUUUUCAAAAAUAUAAUAUCGGGGAAUAUAAGUGUUCAGUGGAAAAUGCCCGAGGGCCAGUAGCAAUAUCCUUCAUGGUCACUCUUGAUGGGGUUGACCCAAUAGCUUAUACACUUCCUGUGUCAGAAUUAACCAAUCAGAGUCCUGAAAAUUCUCACACAGUCACCAUAGCUUUGUCAGUGAUUGGUGGAUUUAUAUUUUUACUUUUAGCUUCAGGAUUUAUAAUUUUUGCAAUCGUGAGAUGUCGUAGACAACAGAGAAAAAAGAGUGAGCAACGUAGUAAGAGAUUUAAAGAACACCUAAAAACUAAUGUUCUCAAUCAUUCUGAGAUAAUGGAGUGUAAAGACUAUGAAAAGCCGGAUAUUUCGGUGGCAACUGAGCUUCAAGAGCGUGGCCCUUUCGAUCGUGAACCUAUUUAUGACCCUCACCCCUUAUAUGACCAGGUACCUGUGGCAUCAAAUCUUGACCAGUCAGAAAACAAUACCUAUGUGUCAUUUAAGUCCGAGUAUGUUGAACCAGACGAGAUGACACAAUUAUAUACUACAGUAAAUAGAACUAAAGGAAGUGACGGGUCGCAGUGUGAGUCGACCUCACCCCUUCUUGACAAUUGCUCCCCAAUCAUGUGUGACUCUCAUGACUUGCUUUAUGAAACAAGCACAGGUAGUUCCAUAUACACUCCAGCAUUCUUUCCAAAAUCUCACACGCUUAAUUCGCGCUAUCUGCCAUCUAUGAGUUCCUAUGACACAUAUUUAUCAUACACACCCUACAGCACAAUGUCACAUAGUUCUCAACAGCCUACCUCUACCCCGCCCCUCAACCCCUCUGUACGUAGCAAAAGUGCUUCAGCUAGCAACAUUGGGCCAGUAAUGCCCCCGAAGAAACCCCCGCGUGUGUUCAACUCACGUGACAGCAUGUGUCUGUCAAACACCAGCAGUAGCGGAAGUGACACCAUCCCAAAACUUUCGCUCCCGAAACCUGGCACGGUGGAUGAAUUUGGCACCGCUGUAUGACCACAGAGGAUGUGGGUGUUGUAUAAAGUGGGCGUCGGCCCUCAAUGGGCGUCGCCAAAAUGUUUACAGUGCUCUUGUUAUUUUCUGUACCAAUGUGUAACUUAUGUAUGUAGUUUGUCGUUCUGGACAUAAAAUUCUAUUUUUGUAUCUGAUGUAUUGAUUGUUUGAU